AUGGCGCCAACCUUUGUCGACCUCGCCAGUAUCAUCGACUAUACGUGUCUCUGUGCCAGUGAAUACUACACCACUAGCGUUAUUACCUGCUGGAACGUCAACUGCAACAGCACAGAGUACGCCAAGGGCCUCACCUACACUGCCUCUGCGUGCGCCGUGUAUGGUGUCACCCUCGUCCCGGCCACCAGCACCGGCGUCAAUGCUGCGGUGGCUACUGUCCUCACUAUCCCCCCAGUCAUCUACUCUCGUGCCGUGUGGAACAUCCAGGCGGUCAUGUCUUCGAUAUGCUCACUCGUCCUCGUCGCCGCAAUCAUCCUCGGAUUCAUGUCGUGCCGAGCCCAGGCGCGCCGACAGGCCAUGACUCAGGGCAGCCACUGGACUGGACUCCCAUCGCACAUGGACACCAAGAAUGGUACGCGCACCCGUUCGCGUCAUGGCAGGUCUGGCGCCCCCCACCUCGAUUCGUUCGGCCACCUCACCACCAUGGACCUCACGCGCACCGUCGACAGGGACCUCGCCUAUCCCCUUCGCAGCGUCAACCGCGACCCUUCCGUGCCCCGCUUCACCAACCGUCUCCCGCCGGCCGGCCAGGACAUGUGGGGGGAGGAAGCGCACGAGAUGCACGACAUCGAGGGCGGGGGUAGCUGGAGGAGUGGGAUGGGUCGCGCGAGCGGCAGUCACGCCAGCGACGACGACGAGGUCAAGACGCCCUACGGCGGCAACUCUGUUCUCGGACACGAGGACGAGGACAAGGACAAGAACAAGUCGGCCGUUCCCGACCCGGAACCCGUCGACGCCCUGUCAUCUGUCGGACUGGCGGGCCACAGCCUCGCAGAGAUGGAUGAGGCGGAUGCCGAGCGCGAGCUGUCCGUCGUGGAUCACAUCGGUGCCGUCCCAAUGCCGCCGACCCCAACAUCGAUCGGUACCAUCAUGCGCGGCAAUGGGUCCGAGUUUGGUGGCAGCACCACACACCUGAACCGUCCUUGA